UAGCGCACUAGCCUUGAAAUUAACCAUAGCUUCCAUGGAUGAAAUUGUACCUUUGCCCUUUUCCUCUUCCUCUUCUUCAUCAUCUUCUUCAACCCCAAGAACAAUAAUGAAACAUGAUGUUUUCUUGAGUUUCAGAGGCGAAGACACGCGUAACAACUUCACCGGCCAUCUUUAUUAUGCUUUGCGCCAUCAAGGAAUUCGAGCUUUCAUCGACAUCCAACUCGAAAAAGGAGAAGCAAUCUCACCCUCACUCUCUUCAGCAAUCCAACAGUCUCUAAUUUCCAUCGUUGUAUUCUCCGAGAACUAUGCAUCUUCCGCGUGGUGUUUGGAUGAACUUGUCAAGAUCAUGGAGUGUCGGGAAUCGGGCAGACAACUGGUGUGGCCAAUCUUUUUCAAUGUAGACCCGUCCCAUGUAAGAAAUCUGACGGGCAGUUUUGGACAAGCAUUAGCCAUCUUUGAAGCUGAUUCAACUGGAAAGUACAAGGAAAAACUGCCCAAAUGGAAGAUUGUUUUGAACAUAGCUGGCAAUCUAUCUGGAUGGCAUAUAGCCAGCUGCGACGGGGAUGAAUCUCAUCGUGUAAUCCAAAAAGUUGUUGAAGCAUCAGUAUGCAAAUUGAAGCCUGCUGUACCUCUUCUGAUGGACAUGUAUCCUGUUGGAAUUAGAGACUGUCUACAGGUUGUUGAUUUGGGGUCGAUAAUAAAUGCUGGAGACUAUGAUUUAGAAAUGUUGGAUAUUUAUGGAAUUGGUGGUAUAGGCAAAAGUAGCAGUGCUAAAGCUGUUUUGAAUAAAUUUGCUAAUGAGUUCCAAAGCUCCAACUUCCUUGCAAAUGCUGCGGAAACAUCAAAGCAAUACUGUGGUGGCUUGCAGUUUCACAGACCCAAAAGUGGUGCUAAUCAGGUGUUUCCUCGUUUGAACCAGUCGUCACGAAUCAUUAAGGUUUCUCGAGCCAGCAGUGUAAAAGAAAGGCACAGCAAAAUCUGGACUGCAAAAGGGUUAAGGGACAGAAGAGUUAGGUUAUCAGUCAACACAGCUAUUCAGUUCUAUGACAUUCUAGAUAGGUUGGGUUUUGAUCAACCUAGCAAAGCUGUGGAAUGGCUGAUUAGAGCGGCUUCGGAUGCCAUGCAUGAGCUUCCUUCUCUGCCCACUUGUUCAUUUCCUGAUGCAACCGACCAGCUAAGUGACAAUAAGAGACCAAGUGUGGAAUUGAAAUUGAUAGACUAGGAUGGAGAUUCUGUUUCGCAGGUUACGCAUGAAUGAAAGGAAUUGAAAUUGCAAAAAGGGACACAUAGUAAGAGUAAUAAGAGUAAGAGAAAGCGAGUGAAGAAGCUUAAUUGAACUUUGAGUGGUUUUGCACAACUUUUGCUAGUCAAUUCCACUUGCUUUUCUUACCCUGUUCUGUUCUACACACGGGUUAGUUGUAAAACCAAAAAUAGUUUGAAUGUGAAGCUUUUAGAACCAAUUUAGCAUACUCUAAGAGCCUGAUCUACCAACAUUAUUAUUGUCAUAAGCAAAUACUCUGCCUGUAUGGCUAGAGAUGAGUUUGCUACAUGAUUUUCAAUGGGUGUACAUAAUUUGGUAAUUUCUAAUGAAAUUAUUAAUUUUAUACA